GGACUUUGAUGUGUGAGCCUCCAAGCCGGUGCUGGAGCCAUGGGCAGCAAGAGAGAAUUGCUUGCCACAGUUGAGAAGCAGAAGGAGCAGAUUGUCAAGUAUGAAGGGAAAUUGAAAGAUGUUGUGAGAGCUUACAAAGGGUUGUUGAAAGAAAAGGAAGCCCUUGAAACAAGCUUGUCAGCCUUAGCAGGAACCCACACUGCAAAGUCUAAUGAUGCAGGUAAUGCAGAGAAGCCAAAAAGUUCAGGAAAGGAGACAGAGCCACAACCACAGGAAGGCGAGGAUGCCGGUACUGCUCAGGAUCACCCCAAAGAGAACUUACAGGACAGUGCAGAGCAGGGAAGCUCAUCUGAAGUUACUGAAGAUUUAAGAAAGAAACUUUCAGCAUUAACAGCUGGUCUAAAUACACUCACAUCAGAGAAGAAGCGAAUUGAACAGUCUUUUCAAAAUGACAAAAAGAGACUUCUGGCUGAAAAGGAAAAGCUGGAAAAGAACUUGCAAGAAGCUCUGGAUGCCAAAUUUGCAAGUGAAGUAAACGUAGAAGAAAAGAUCCAGGAUUUACGUAGUAGAUUGAUUAUUGCCCAACAUGAACGUGACCAAGAUGCACAAAAUGCUGCCGUCAUGCUUAGGGAAUUAGAGAGCAAGUUGGCAGUGGAGCGGAAUGCCGGUGAGCGUUUAGAAGCAUCACUAGAUGAAGCAAAACAUCAGCUACAUCGCCCUUCACUGCCAAUCAACCAUCGUCCACAAGAGCUUUAUGAAAAGAAAAUAAGUGAUCUACAGAAUGAAUUAGAGCAGGUAAUAAUUAUAGGAUUUAUUUGAUUAAUGUAAUAUUUUUUUGCUCACCAUCCCAUUAUCUUUAUUUCACCUUGGGAUGAAAUACUUCAACAUCAACAAGGAGGAAAAUGGGAGGCAAACAGGUCAAAACAAGUGUAAAAAGCAACCGGAGAGGUUGGAACAACAUACAGUAUAGAAAUAUUCCUUGGAUCCUCAAGU